UUUUCUUGCUGUUAUCAUCAUAAUCUCUCUCUUUCCUUGUGCGGGAUUAUCAUGGCUAUGAAACAGGCCAGCCUGUGACUGUCCACUGGUCUCUGCAGGCCUUUUCUUUAUCUUUUUUUUUUCUGGCUUUGAAUUGGUGAGAAACCGAGAGCCAAAAUGCUGAACCAGAGUGCUGUGAUGAUCUUCACUGGGAUUUGUGGGGCGUUGGUGGUCUUGGCAAUGGCCUACUACGUCUACUGGUCUGUAGUACUGGCUGAAGGACCGUGUAAACGCGGCUUGUAAAAGGAUCCCACCGUGGUUGGGCGUAGUGUAUAGAGAGGAGCCUACUCAGCUCUCCAGGCUCCUCAGCCAUGGGUCUGCUGGGCUACCUGAAGAGCCUGUUCAUCCUGCAGUUGCUGAUGGGAUUUGUGUUCGUGGUGAGCGGCCUCAUCAUAAACUUCAUCCAGCUCUGCACAUGCAUCCUCUGGCCGAUCAACAAGCAGCUCUACCGCAGAAUCAACUGCCGGCUCUCCUAUUCCCUCUGGAGCCAGCUGGUGAUGCUGCUGGAGUGGUGGUCGGGCACAGACUGCACCCUAUACACUGACCAGGCUACGGUGGACAAGUUUGGAAAAGAACAUGCCAUCAUCAUCCUUAACCACAAUUACGAGAUUGACUUCCUCUGUGGCUGGACCAUGUGUGAAAGAUACGGUAUCUUAGGGAGUUCAAAGGUGCUAGCCAAACAUGAACUACUGAAGGUUCCUCUGAUUGGCUGGACCUGGUACUUCUUGGAGAUAGUCUUCUGCAAAAGAAAGUGGGAGGAGGACCGACAUACUGUCUUUAAAGGGCUUGGCAGGCUCAAAGACUACCCUGAAUUUAUGUGGUUUCUGCUGUACUGUGAGGGCACCCGCUUCACAGAGACUAAGCACAAUAUCAGUAUGCAGAUUGCAGAAAGCAAAGGUCUGCCCAAACUCAAGUAUCACCUGCUCCCCCGAACCAAAGGAUUCACCACCACACUGCAGUGUCUUAAGGGCACAGUGACUGCAGUUUACGAUGUGACUCUGAACUUCAAAGACAACCAGACUCCCACUCUCCUAGGCAUCGUCAAUGGCAAGCAAUACAAAGCGGACCUGAGUGUAAGGCGAUUCCCUGUGGAGGACAUACCAGAUGAUGAGAAAGAGUGUGCCAACUGGCUGCACAAGCUCUACCAGGAGAAGGAUGCCUUACAGGAAAUCUACAGCAAGGAAGGCAAAUUCCCCGGACCCACAAUAAUCCCUCCACGUCGGCUGUGGACGCUGCUCAACUUCUUGUUUUGGGCCACCCUGCUGCUUUCGCCCCUCAUCAAAUUUGCUUGUGGAGUGGCAGUUAGUGGCUCCCCCCUCCUCAUCAUUGGCUUUAUCAUCUUCCUCAUCAUAGCCUCUGUAGCUAUCCGUCGUCUCAUAGGGGUCACCGAGGUUAAGAAAACAGGCUCCAGUUACGGCAACCCGGAGACCAAGAAACAAAACUGAAAUUUGUCGCCCCGUGUACGGCCGUCUCCGUACAGUCACCCUACGGUGUCUCACCCCUACCCAACUCCAUUCUCCUCCUGUUGAGUCAGUUGGUAGGCGGGGAGGAGACCCAGCUGUGAAAACAUAAUAGAGACCAGAGUUAGAAAUACUAAUGGCACUAGAGAGAAAGAGAUAGAGAGAGAUCAUGGAAGGUCUGGGGUUCAAACUCUCUGGUGUAACACAGACCACAAGGAGGGGGAGAUGCAGUACUUUAUUCCCCUGCAUCUUUCUUAAUCCAGCUAGCGACCCGCUGUCCCUAUUAAACCUUGGUAAUACCUGAGGUUAAGCUCCUACCCCAUCCGAGGUCACAUAGACAGCCAGUCAACUUGUCCUCUACAGCAAACAAGCCCAUUUCCUGCUUUGUGCUACCGACCUCCGCCUCCUGUCUCAGUCAUCAGCCAACCAGGGAGGGGCAACACGCGCACUGUUUUUGAUUACAGAACACGAGCCGAUCUGCAUCUGAUCUUUUUUCAUCUUAACCUCCAUCCAGGGUCAGUGUGUUUCUGCAGCUGACAUCUCCUUCCCCCCCUUUUUAUGUCCACUAAGUGGGGCUUGUAAUUGGGAACCGGUGCCUUGAGGCCCAGCCUGGUUUCCCUCAUAUUAAAGGAUCAGUUCAUUUAAAUCACAAAAAAAAUGACCACUUAACAUUGAGGUUGUUAGCCAUGCAGAUAGUUUUGGUUUCAGCUGCCAACUCAUUACAACAAAGGUUAACAUUAUUUUGUUCAUGGUUCUCAAAUCAGUGUAAAAUAACAUUUUAAAAACUCUACAGAAGCUUGUUUUUCCAGAAACAAUCAGUGGGAUGUCAACAGUUUUAUCAGACGCUUUAAUUGGAAUGUAAAAAGUAUUGAAAGUGUCCACAUGAACAUCGUUGGAUUGUCCAAGUAACUGGAAGAUUAUUUCUGGAAAGAUACAAUUAAGCUGAGUGUUUAAAACAAGUUUUUUUAAUUAAUUUGAGCACCAUCAAUGACAUUUCAUUCACCUUCAUUGAAGUGAAGUGGAUAUGUAAUCGCAAACCUAACUAUCUCCAUGGCUAGAUCAAACAAUUUUAUUUUUGUUUUGAUUUAAAUCUUGUGAUUUUAGUGAACUGAUCAUUUAACUUCCUGGUUUGGAGAGGCUGGUGUCUGUUAAACUACAAAGAGGGCACUGAAUGUGAAAACUGUCCUUAUCAAGGAUACCUGCCAUCUGUUACAGGUCUCAUUUGUAGCCUGCAGCACCAACACCUACAGAUUUCAUUCUGACACAUUUCAGUUGUUUUUCCAGUGUGUGUUCCUAUUUUUUCCACCGACUUUCACCCAAAUAGGAAUUUGCAUGUGUGUUAUGAUUCAUUUUUAAGACAUAAACGGACCAUCUCUCACCCCCAAAAAUCAACCAGCAAUCCCAGUCCAAACACUGAAGCAGUUCAACCCACCCAUCACCCCUUUUGAACACCAGUCGUGACAGUUGAAGUGCAGCGCAGCCCAUUCUGGUUGAUGUGACUGUUCUGCUGCUGCCAUUAAACAGUAGCGGACCCAGAUUCCCAAAAAAGGUCGCCAACUGUCUUCAUGUAGCCUCACAGCUGUUAGCUUAUUAGUUUGCUGUACAGAUAUAGACCUGUAGUAGUGACGUUUUAACCUUUGCCUUAAAUCAAGCUUGCUCAGGCAAGGCACUGCUUAUUCGCCACCCCUUUAAAACGACACCCGCCUGUUACCUGUGUUAUGUUAAACUAUUCAUCCUCUUCUUCAAGUUAAAGCAGUGCAUGGUGGAGUCACAUGUGUUCAUUUGGUUUGAUCACCAAAGUGAAUCAUGAAAACCAUUUUUUUUUUUUUUUUUUUUUUUUAAAUCUGUGAAGUGGUAAAUAGGAAGCAAUUGGUUUAACUGUGAACGGCAACUCGCCACUGUAGGUGCACUCGCAGUUUUGUACAUCUCACUGUUUUAGAAUUGGGUCAAUCCAGAGUUGGUUGUUGUUUUCAACUCAAAUUAAACGUUGGCUGCUGCAGUACAUGAGUGGGUUUCUUCUAACAUGACGAGCCACAUUUCCUGGUCUAAAUUGCAAAUAAUGGUAGCAAAGACAUGGAGGGGAUAUACUUUGUGUCCUGCCUCCCACGCCCCCUCCUGCCCCCCUCCCCCACCUCCCGUGCCACUUGUAGUACUAAUCAUGGAUUUUGUUUUGUUGGUUCAGUUUUUGGGAUCAUCACUCCUCAACAGUGACAAUAUUGUGUACUUCCUCCUUCUGUAGCGUUAUCUAAACCCAGACAAAUUUCAUGCAAGCCUUAAUAGACAGUGCUGCUUAAUUUUUGUGUGAAAAUGUAGAUGCUAACUGAGCCCCUGUGGUAGUGAAGAAUUGAACAUUGAAAAAAAAAAUGUCCUCCAGUAUGGCGAGCAAAGCACCUGGGAUUAGUCGUCCAGGUGGCUUGUUCUACAAUUUUACAUUAAGAAUUAAAGAGAAAUGAAAGUGAAUAAAUUAUGCUCUUGUGUUUAGAGUUGAAAGAGCUCUUGUUUGUAACCAAUUUUUUACAAGAAGAUACUUUGAGUUGUGUUACCUCAAAUAUUUGUGAAAAGCUUUAGGAUCUUGCUCUGUUUUUUCUCUCUCCUUUAAUCCCAACAUACUGCAUCAGAUAAUACAGUCCAGCUCAUCCUGUCAUUCAGUUAAAAAAAAAAAAAAAAAAAAAAAAAAUCAAAAGCAGAAAGGAUGGUGAGACAUUAGAAAAAAACCUUUUUACACUGGAUGUUUUUAUUCAGUAAAUAAAUAUAACUUGUGGUUGUUUUUUUUCUGGGAUCUUGAAUGGAAUCAAAUAAGAAAAUCGAUGACUUUUUUAAAUCUUGAAGAUAAAUUAUUUAGUUGCACCUCUUGCGCCAGCUUUUGUUUUCUAGGGCUAUUUUUAUGUUUUCUUCAAUUACAACACUUAAGAAUAUUAAAGAAUUGAAUCACAAGGCAA